GGUAUAUAAAAAAGGCACGUCUUUUAGACAUCACAAGGGAGUUAUCAGCUCUUUGUCCUGCUGCUAAUCAUUCAAAAACUUGCCGUGAACCAACUACUAGAAGUGAUUUCGUUGUGUGGAUAAGAUUCUUUUGAGACAGUUGAAGAGAGCUGAAAAAAACAGCAGCUUCUCCAUUCAAGCUCUCCUAACGAGUAUCCUGUUUUCCUCAACUUACAAACGUUACCAAUCAUUCUGGAGUUUGUGGACGGAAUAACGUUUUGGGAAACACUUUACUUGUUUCUUCUGGUUGCAAUUGAAUUCCUUGUUCAAUUGCAGCACUCGUUCUCCCUUACUGCAAAUCCUGUAUAUCCGUUCUUCUCUUCGGGUGCAAUACACGCCUUUACCCUAAAUUGAAUUGUGUCUCUUGGUGCAAUUGCUCGUCUGUAAUCGAUUCCCUUCUUUUUUCCUCUCCCUUUUUGGAAGUGUUUCUUUCCGGUAAUUGCUUGUGUUGAAGUAAUUGAGCUUGACUGUUUUGAUUUCUGCGCUCUUUUUGUGUACAUCUAGCCGUUUUCCUUAGUUAGUUUUUAAAAAAAUUCAGCAACAAGGUUUAGACAUUGGUUUCCUUUCCUUCUUUCCUUUCUUUUUACCUUAUUCAACGGCACUCUUUGGUAUUCUUGGAUUCCUUUUGCCCAAACCCUUUUUAUUUUGUCCUUUUGUCUAUUCCUUGAAGCAAGAAGCUCUUUUAGCAAGUCCUUUCUGCAAUAAUUUCUGUGAUAUUUGAUUUUCUCUCGAACGUUUCCUAAAUUUCUUCGCCAUUGUGAAGUAUUCUAUACAAAAAGCUCCUUUCGUCAACAGUUUUCCUUUUCUUUUGCAUAUUCUUUUGUUUCCUUUUGAAUACACAUAUUUAUCUUUUUCCCCUGUUAUUUGUAAAUCUCUUUGAAUUUUUUGUUUUUCGAUUUAUAGUGAAUUCUCCUCUCUUGUUUUUGGAAUGAUCACAAUGUCUACUGCUUCCUCUGCCGCAGCAAAACGUAUGGAGCCUCGUCCUCUCGAUAACCGCAGAACGGUAAAAUCACCAUUGCCAAAGCUAGCACAGGAUCACGUCGCUCCUGUUAAAAAUUUGCAGCAUGUUCCCUGCAAGUUCUUUCGUCACGGUACUUGUACUGCCGGCGAGAAUUGCCCUUUUAGUCAUUCCCUUGAGACAGAACGUCCGGUUUGUAAAUACCAUUUAAAAGGAAAUUGCAAAUUCGGCUCAAAAUGUGCACUUUCUCACUCGCUACCAGUAAAUGACGCUACAAAUCCUGCUGGUUUGUCUUCAGACAUGAAUCCUGCUACAAAUCAUCCAUUUGGUCUUACCAUGAAACACAUGCCGAGCUCCUCGAUUUCCUCUUCGUUCCCUCAAAAAAUACAAAGAACCGCCUUUGAUCAAGUGGACUUGAAGGGUUCCGUGACUAUAAAAAGCAACCUUCUCAAUCCAGCUUUGUCUGCGUCCCCUCCGUCUUUUGCUCCCUUCUCUCCAGGACGCUCUUCCGCGUCUUCUUAUAUGAAUAACAUUACGUCUACUCAAUCGAUGUUAGGCUCAAUAAAUUCCGGCAAACAGUUGGAUGACUAUUCUUCUGAAAUUAAUACAGGUUUAACUUCUUCUAUGAAUGGCAUUUCCAUUGCUCCAUCCUCCUUGGCUACCUCACCAUCUUCAUUCAGUGCUGCAUCUAGUUCAUCCUCUACAAAUGUAGGUGGUGCUAAAGGACUAUUGCACCAGCAGAUGAGUAAUGAAAGUAACCGAGAUUACUUUACUCGUCAUCCAUCUCUCUUAGCCACUUAUGCAAAUCGGCCUUCUUCUGAAAGAACCCCUUCUCUUUCGAAAUUGACACCUGCAGAAUCAGUGAAACCUAAUGUACCUUUACAGAGCCCUCAACUGAGUACUAAGCUUGGAAGCAGUUUAUCUAAGCGUCGUCCUUCCGUUAAUCAUUCUCUUACCGGGAUUCAACUUUCUUCUGGGGCUACUCGCCGAUACGCAGUUCGCAGUAAUUCUUAUGCCGAUGCAUUCCCUUCAGUAGUCUCCACUAGUUUACCGAAUCGCGUGGAUUUGAAUCAUCAGAUGGACAUGAGUGACGAUGAACAAAGGUACUUAAAUACACCAAUGGGUAGUCUAGAAGAAUCCUUUUUGGGUUCUUCUCCUAUUGGUAAAAUGAGUUCCAGCUUAAAACAAUUAUCUGCUCCUUUGUCCAUGAUGAGUCCAACCUUAACACCUCGCUCAACAGCAAACACCCUGCAGAAUAGUAGAUUUGGUGCUUACUUUUCAAAAUCUAAAUAUGCUGAAAGUAAUACCGGCUCUACUAAAACUACCCCUCAACAAUCUAGCGUUGCGGGUGCUCCAAUGAAAAUGCCCUCUUCAUUUGGUGUUCGUGAAGAAUCCGUAUUCAGUUCUCCAACUAAUGAAAUAACUAGACCUCAGCAUCUCGCAAGGCUCAAGAGUGAACCAAUAUUUAGAGGCGGGUCCGUAUCACCUGUAGGGACAGGUGGAAUUAAUGAUACAAAGAAUGACUAUACGUUGAGUCCUGGAAACAAUGGAUCCGCAAGGGUAUCCUUUGCUAAUACCUUCCCUGCCUGGAACUCAACACUAGAAGAAGAAACGACUUUUCAGAUGGAUGACUGAAGUAUAACAACGUAUACUUCAAUAAAACAGGUGAAAGAGCCUUUUACCUUAAAAAUUUGCUGAUUGAUGAUUUCUAGCAACAAAAUCAUUUGUAACAUUUUGUUAUGGUUUCCCAUUAAUUUUUUUUUUCUUUUUCAAGGGCAACUGUUACAAUUAUUCUUGUAAUCCAUGAAGGGCAGCUGUAUUUGGAUUUAUGGGCCUGAUUUAUAAGAUAACAAAACAAAAAAAAAGUUAGUUCGUUUGGAUACGUCCAAUAUUUUCAAUUUAUACUAAAAAGGAGGCUAUCGUCAAAUAUAUUAUAAAAUGAGAAGCGGCUGAAUACCUAUAAAAGAAAAAUCGUUGGGAAAGGUUCUAACUUCGGUACAAAUGUGAAAAUUAUUGUUAUGCUUGUUGAAUUGAACUGAGAUGCUUGAUUUUAGGAUUCAUUGCCCUUUGGCCUCUGAUUUGUUAUCAAAUUAAUGGUUUUGAUGAAAACGAUUUUAAACGAAAAAUUAAAAAACGCAUUAAGAUAAAUUGUUCGCACGGAAAAGAACAUGUAUUCGUUUAGCAGUACUUUUUUAUAAAGAUUAAUGAAUGUAUAAAUUUAAAAAUGGAUAAAAAACA